AUGACACCUAAAAUUUCUAGGGCACAUAAAAGACCAAAGAAAGAAUUGUACGAGUACAUUACUGAUGAUUACAUCAAACAACAAGACGAAGAAGAACGCAGACAAAAGGAGACAUUAAUUUUUCAAUUAUAUGGAAGGAACUGUUAUCUCGAAGGACCCUUGCCCGUUACUGACGAUGACAAUGAACUUAACCACGAGAAAGCUUUUCGUCUCAAUAAUAACGAUUGCGACUUGAAUUCUGGGGGUGGUGGUGAUGAUGAUCAUGGUGGACGGAACAACGAUGAAGAAUCAUCUUGGACUCAACCUGUACCUGUCAGUGAGGUUGCUACUACCCAGCCUGUCACUACCCGGCCUGUCAGCCCCCAACCUGUCACAUCCCAGCCUGUCAGCAUUGAGCCCGUUGUCAACUUGAAUCAACACAGAAGCAAGUUACAGAAGCUUUCCGCAACCUGGAAGGACCUUAUGAAGGUCUUUCCAAAAGCAUAUCUGGCUUUUUUGGGUCGUAAUGGCGGCUUGCCCAACAUGUUGGAUGGCCAAGAUAGUCUUAUGGGUCCUUCUUGUGGGUGUCCCGAUGACUAUAUUAAGUUAGCUAAAGUCAACUUCUUUUUUGUCUGGGGUGUAAAAGAGAGCGAAGGAUUUUUUUACUGUAGCCAUUGCAAUACCUUGCCUGUUGCUUUGGUAGAAUCUGGAUUUUUUCCUUUGUCACCAAACAGACCAACAGGUGCUGUGCAUUUCAGUCUCUGUGAUUUUUUUCUCAGACUAAGAAAUACAUUUGCAGGUUCUGCUGAGAAGAUAUCAAGCUUUUAUGACGCCUGGGCUACUGGCACCGAGAAGGCCACUAUCUCGGAGGAAAAAUGCUCAAGUACCAUCCUUCUUUAUCAUAAGAUGGUUGAGCUGUCGGAACAGAUGAAGAAUGAAGACUUGAUCCAGUCAUUUGACAAGUCAGAGAAGCCUGGGACUAAGGGUACCUCUAUCACCGCCACCAAGGAUGUCACCACUGCCAAGAGCCCUACCACCAAGAAGUCUACGGUGGAAGAACCCCGGAUCUGUCAAGUUUUGGUGCACCAGAACCGCACCUCAGCCAUCUAUCCUGUCCGUGGUGUCUUAGGCAGUGGCUGCGCUAGACAUGAUACUGUGUUCCAACUUGCAGACAUGAACGCCGGGGAAGGGUUUAAGUAUCCCUUGGUUGCUAUUUCUUUUGUUGAGAACCAGCUUGGUAGAAAGGUUCCUUUACAUGUCAUGUACGAUAUUGUAUGCAAAUUGGAGCCAUCUAUCAAGCUAAACUUCCCCGGAAGCGUCGGUUCUGACCGCUUGGGUCUAUCUGUCUUCCAUGCCUACGCCCAUGUAAUGCACUGUCAGGUCAAGUACACCCUGAGGUAUAUCGAAAAAUUUGGGUUGAUUGACGGUGAAGACAUGGAAAGACUUUGGUCUUACCUGGCCAAGUACAUUACCUUAACCAAGCCCAUGAUGCCCGAGAACCGGCGGUAUGUCCUGUAUAUGGCUGUCAAAUACAAGGACACAGUAGUCAAAUUCAAUAUGGCCAAAGUAUUGAGAGAAAACAUAUCAGCUUGA